GGCCGACGCCUAGCUGUCCUUGACCUCCCCAGCAGUCGGAGGCGCGCGCGGGAGAAAUGAAAGUAAAACCUGUCCUGGCGCGGAACCAAGUGGAAGCUGGCGACAAGUAGGUCGCAUCCUCAGAGCGACUGAUAGCCAGUCCUGGAUCUGCGCGAAGAGCUUGACUCGCAGAGGAUAAAGUGAAAGGAAAAGGAAAUGGGAGACAAGGGAGAAGAACAAUAGUUAGGCUGGGGAGGCUCCUGGUCACCGAGCAGGCGUUCAGUAAUAGCUGCUGUCUGCGGUGCAGACGGACUAGUCGCCCGGCCAGGCCACUGCGGUGACUGCCCUGCGCCCAGCCGGGCGGCCGGAUCCAGACCAGUGCGCCGCGCUGCACUCCUCUAACCCUCCGCGUCCCAACCCCUUACCAGGGCCAGGGUCAGGGCCCGGAAUCUGUCCUCCGUCCUCAGAUGGAAUUCAGGUCCGCUCAGGUGACUCCUUCCAGGAAGAGUCCUUAAAUAACUUCCGCGCGGCCAUUUCUUCCCCAGGUGCAAUGUCCACUGUUGAGUCCCGAGAGUGAAAAGGCAGCUAAGCCAGCAGUGCGCGGCCCAGACAGACCACUCUGGGCAAGGUCCGCGCGACCCACUGCCCAGCCGCCUUUGCACCGGAGCUCAGAGCCAUAUGGCAGAGUAGGAAGGAAGCUUAAACGUCUGCUGGGGACCGGCUCUAAGAUGGGGACUCGAGAGAUGGGACAUGACUCGCCCACCUUCACACAGCGAAUUGCCGGGAGGUGAGGACUAGAAACCUGUUUGGCUAGUGGUCUCGCACCUUUGGCCUCUCCGUCGAGUCGCUGGGCUUCAGGACAUUCGAUUAGAGGAGUAGUUAGUAGGACCCCAGAAACCCACAAGCAAGAAGCAGGAAGCCCCGUGGCUUAGCCUUUCCUUCCCAGUUUGGCCCCCAGGAGAGAAGUAAGAAAGAGAAGAAGCUGUGAUGAAAGAGCACAAACGGGUGGCAAACGUGUUUAGCGUGAUUCAUCAUGAACAGGCACAAAUUCUUAGGGCGGGGGCUAGGACUCUCCUUUGCCCCUUGAGAAGUUGGUGACCCCAGCCUAGAGGAAUCCACGCCGCGCCCCAGUCGGCCGUGCUAGCGUGUCGGGCCGAGUAGGGACUCUGCUGCUUCCUACCUGCAGGGUGACUUCCCCUCUCUGCAGAUACCUCCCCUCUCUGAGCUUGAAUUUUCUACCUGCUGAAAUGGGAAAAGGAAUGUUACCUUCCUUGCCUGACUCAAGGGUGGGUGUGAAGCUCAAAGUAGACUGGGAUGUGGCCGUGCUUGGUAAAUUGUAAAAUGAUUAGCAUACGUGAAGCGUUAGUGUGCUCCCUGGCAGUCAGUCCUCACGUUUACGAUGGAUUAAUGAAGGCAGCCAGGCACAAUCUCAGGUUAUGACCUUAUAAGGCAUAAUAGGAUUACAAGGAGGCAAAAUGAAACAGUAUAUUUCCUCCUAAUUUUGGUUAUUCCUAUGUUUCCAAAUAGAAAUGAAAAUUCUGAAAUUUCAGAUAAUUCCCCCCUCCAAAUCCCAAUUCUCAAUUUAGCUUUUCUGAGCCUUGUCCCUACUGUGAAAUCUUACUAGCUCACCCCGAAACGCCGGGGUCUUGGUCCUCUGGGGGACUAGUGAGUCCUGCUCCUCUCGGCUUUGCUCCGUCCCUGCCCCGGCCCCUCCGCGGGAGUCUGGGGUCGCGGCCCGGUCAGGCGCCAAGCCGGCAGGGGGCGCGGUCCACUUGAGGCCACAGAUCCCCAGGUCCAGGGCUCGGGCCAUCCGCGCUGUCCCUCCCGCGGGCUCUUGCUGUUCUUCGCCAGGAGGCUUUGCACUCCGGGCCGCAUGGGUCCUGGAUAAGGACCUCAAGAGGUUGUAGUGGCGCCCCUUCGCUCCGGCGUACUAUCUGAACCCUGUGCCCAAAGAGGGCUGUGGCAGUUCCUGCACCAACCGCCUGGAGCGCAUACCUAAGCCCUCUGGGCACGAGGGACCUCCUCUCCCCCCCUCCCCCCUCCCCCCAUCCCAACUCCAGCCCCAAAGGAAGCAAUGCGCGCGUCCGAGAGCAGGAGCGCGCGUGGCUGAGGAAAGAAAGGGAAGGCAACCGGGCAGCCCAGGCCCCGCCCCGCCGCUCCCCCACCCGUGCGCUUAUAAAGCACGGGAACCAGAGCUGGCCACUCAGUGGUUUCUUGGUGACACUGGAUAGAACAGCUCGAGCCUUGCCACUUCGGGCUUCUCACUACAGCUGGGCUUGGACUUCGGGGUUUUGCCAUUGCCAGUGGGACGUCUGAGACUUUCUCCUUCAAGUACUUGGCAGAUCACUCUCUUAGCAGGGUCUGCGCUUCGCAGCCGGGAUGAAGCUGGUUUCCGUCGCCCUGAUGUACCUGGGUUCGCUCGCCUUCCUAGGCGCUGACACCGCUCGGUUGGAUGUCGCGUCGGAGUUUCGAAAGAAGUGGAAUAAGUGGGCUCUGAGUCGUGGGAAGAGGGAACUGCGGAUGUCCAGCAGCUACCCCACCGGGCUCGCUGACGUGAAGGCCGGGCCUGCCCAGACCCUUAUUCGGCCCCAGGACAUGAAGGGUGCCUCUCGAAGCCCCGAAGACAGCAGUCCGGAUGCCGCCCGCAUCCGAGUCAAGCGCUACCGCCAGAGCAUGAACAACUUCCAGGGCCUCCGGAGCUUUGGCUGCCGCUUCGGGACGUGCACGGUGCAGAAGCUGGCACACCAGAUCUACCAGUUCACAGAUAAGGACAAGGACAACGUCGCCCCCAGGAGCAAGAUCAGCCCCCAGGGCUACGGCCGCCGGCGCCGGCGCUCCCUGCCCGAGGCCGGCCCGGGUCGGACUCUGGUGUCUUCUAAGCCACAAGCACACGGGGCUCCAGCCCCCCCGAGUGGAAGUGCUCCCCACUUUCUUUAGGAUUUAGGCGCCCAUGGUACAACGAAUAGUCGCGCAAGCAUCCCGCUGGUGCCUCCCGGGACGAAGGACUUCCCGAGCGGUGUGGGGACCGGGCUCUGACAGCCCUGCGGAGACCCUGAGUCCGGGAGGCACCGUCCGGCGGCGAGCUCUGGCUUUGCAAGGGCCCCUCCUUCUGGGGGCUUCGCUUCCUUAGCCUUGCUCAGGUGCAAGUGCCCCAGGGGGCGGGGUGCAGAAGAAUCCGAGUGUUUGCCAGGCUUAAGGAGAGGAGAAACUGAGAAAUGAAUGCUGAGACCCCCGGAGCAGGGGUCUGAGCCACAGCCGUGCUCGCCCACAAACUGAUUUCUCACGGCGUGUCACCCCACCAGGGCGCAAGCCUCACUAUUACUUGAACUUUCCAAAACCUAAAGAGGAAAAGUGCAAUGCGUGUUGUACAUACAGAGGUAACUAUCAAUAUUUAAGUUUGUUGCUGUCAAGAUUUUUUUUGUAACUUCAAAUAUAGAGAUAUUUUUGUACGUUAUAUAUUGUAUUAAGGGCAUUUUAAAAGCAAUUAUAUUGUCCUCCUCCCCCUAUUUUAAGACGUGAAUGUCUCAGCGAGGUGUAAAGUUGUUCGCCGCGUGGAAUGUGAGUGUGUUUGUGUGCAUGAAAGAGAAAGACUGAUUACCUCCUGUGUGGAAGAAGGAAACACCGAGUCUCUGUAUAAUCUAUUUACAUAAAAUGGGUGAUAUGCGAACAGCAAACCAAUAAACUGUCUCAAUGCUGA